AUGCUCGAACGUCAACUUCUACAACAACUUCCACAACAUCCACCUCAACUACUACAACCACUUCUACAACAUUCACCUCAACUUCUACAACAACUUCCACAACAUCCACCUCAACUUCUACAACCACUUCUACAACAUUCACCUCAACUUCUACAACAACUUCCUCAACAUCCACCUCAACUUCUACCACCACUUCUACAAUAUCCACCUCAACUUCUACAACAACUUCCACAACAUCCACCUCAACAACAAUAA